UGUCAAAAAUAAAAAAAAAUCACACGCGCCCUGAACCUUCUCUCUACUGCUUUGCUUUCUCCUUCACGCUGUGUCUCUCGCUGUCUCUGCACCACUGCCGAAGAUCAGCGUCAUUGCUCAUGCCAUUCUUACACCUAAAAGCCAGCUCUGCUCCUCUCUGCCUCUUUUGCUCCGUUCUUCCUGCCAGAAGCAAGCUCCCGCUUUCUCCCUAUCUCGCACGGCCUGAACUGAUGAAGACUAACACUCUCAUGCUCGGACUCCUGCAUUGUUAAGAGCCCAGGGUUGUGCGAUUUCCUCUCUCUCGACUUGGCUCAAGAAGGGUCUCGUUGAUUCCUGGAAACUUCUGGUUCAAUCGAGUCUAUUUCACUCUUUAUGCCAAGAGGACUUCAUAUCUUUGCCUUUUCUUUUAUUCAUAUGGCGGAUCCAGGUGAAAAUCAACAGCCUGAACAAGUCUGCAACUUCUUCAGGAAGCCAUCGCGGAACAAAAACAUCAGAAAGCGAACAGUUGUUGAAGAUGAAGAGGAGGAUUCAAAAAUGGAAACCUCAUUCUUACACACUGAGAAGAAAACCUUAAAGUCCGACAGUAAGCUGUACUUCAGUACUGGAUCCUCUAAGCACAAUACAUCAACGUCUGCUGAAGCAAAAAAGGAAUCUGAGACACCAAUUUUUCAGUUUGAGUCUUCAAAGGAAAUUCAAGUUGAACAUGAUAGCAGAGCAACAGCGACGCUAGAAACUGAGACUGACUUCUCAAGAGAUGCUCGUGCAUUGCGUGAGAAAGCUCUUAAGCAAGCAGAUGAGGCUUUGAAGGGGAAAGGAAAGAGCCUUGGGGAUGAAAAGCUUUAUAAAGGGAUCCAUGGGUAUACUGAUUAUAAGGCUGGGUUCCGAAGAGAGCAAACAGUUGCCAGCGAGAAAGCUGGUGGGGCACAUGGGCCUUUGAGGGCUUCUGCUCACAUAAGAGUUUCAGCACGAUUUGAUUAUCAGCCAGACAUAUGUAAGGAUUACAAAGAGACUGGUUACUGUGGGUAUGGAGAUUCAUGUAAGUUUAUGCAUGAUCGGGGGGAUUACAAGUCUGGAUGGCAGUUGGAGAAGGAUUGGGAGGAAGCAGAGAAAGCAAGGAAGAGAAAUCUAGCUUUGGGAGUAGAUGAUGGGGAUGAUGGGGGUGCAGAUCCUGGUGAGGAAGAUGAUGAAGAUUCUUUGCCGUUUGCAUGUUUCAUUUGUAGGCAGCCUUUUGUUGAUCCUGUUGUUACCAAGUGCAAGCACUAUUUCUGUGAGCAUUGUGCAUUAAAGCAUCAUGCGAAGAACAAGAAAUGCUUUGUCUGCAACAAGCCAACGCUUGGGAUUUUCAAUACAGCUCUCGAAAUUCGCAAGAGGAUGGCUGCAGAGAGUAAAUGAGGGUUGCUCAAUGGGUUGGCAUCCCUGUGAAUAUGUUUAUCAUACUCCAGUCAUUAUCUCCUUGGUUGCUAAACUACUGUUGUUCAAGUCACUGUCGUGAUUCCACGUGUGUGGAGAUGGUGAAGUCAAAAGCGGCCACGGUAGGUUCUUCUGUUCUCUUACUCUCCGAACAUCCAUCUUUGUACGUUGCCUUAAAACCCCGUUCACAGCCUUCAGGUAGUUGCUCGAGUCAUGGUCUCUGAGGAUCGUACCAUCUGAGCCGUAGGCGGUGGGAUCGCUUAGUGUCUCUAGGGGGUGGGGACUAUUUAGGAAGGCUGCAAGGGCAUUUGUAGAGUAUCCACAUUGAUUCUUGUCCAAGGUAUAUAGAGCACUACCUGUAGGGAGUAAAGGGUGCGGAGGAGAUGACUUCUCAUCAGGUUGCAGAAUGAAUAGUUUGCCCAGAGGAGAGUACAAUAGUUUCUGCAUAAACAUGGAAUAGGGAAAAGGUCAGUGAGAAAACCAAAAAUUCAAAGCUACAAAGUCAACAUUUAACAAAUUCCAAGAUUAUUAAUUUUGAAUUUGAACUGGAAAGAUGAUAGAGAAUGAUCAAGAUGAUGUUACAUUUUUUAUCAAACAAGAAUGCGAGCGAAAGGCGCUAUUUAAACGCUUCAGGACUGUGGCAACAUGGUUAGGGUAGUUGCAGGAAAAGGCUCUAGGAACAAUAUCUCUAUGCAUCAUCACGCAGUGAAUGUGGCUCUCAUCCAAACCCAGCUCAUCAAGUAUGUUUUGGCCUCCACAAAACACAAACGGUGAGCCGAAAGUGACCACCGGUCGGAGAGUGGAGGGUUUGACAACCUUCCUGGUCAGCAGCAUCAAGUUGACCAAAAGAGAGAGACUACCCCCAAGAGAGUGACCAGUAAAUUGAAGUUUUGCACGUUCCCCAUAUUUGUUCAAGUGCUCAACUAUUUCUGGCAUGAAUUGCUCAUAUAUUCCCUUUGCUGCUUCAUAAAUUCCUCUAUGAACAAGCACAUCUGUAUCCUGCAUCCACCAGUACAGGUAUUCACGGUUCUGUCUCAUUGUAUGUAUGGUACACGAAUAAACUGGAGGAGAUUGUUACCUCAAA